UAUUAUUUUUUUUUUGCUGAUUGCAGGGCUGUAAAAUCGCUGCAGAAAGUACUGUGGGUUGAUCCUAGUUUUUCACGUGCCUGUGAAGUUCAUGUGCGACUCGGGCUCUCGCACAAGGUUCUCUCGGACUUUGAUGCUGCUCUCAAACACCUGACACUUGCACUUAUUGACGCUAGUACACCAGCUUCAUUUACUAAACUUGAAAUAAGAUUCCACAUUGCCCACUUGUACGAGGUCCAAAGUAAAUAUCGGCUGGCCAAAGAGCACUACGAGGCCCUGCUCAAGGAAAAAAAUUUGUCAACACAUCUGCAGUCGGAUAUUUGUCGUCAACUAGGAUGGAUGUACCACGUCGUUGACAGCUCGAUCCUAGGGGUGCAACAUAAGCAGCACAAGCAACAUAAGCAUGCGUUUGCAAUCCAUCUUCUUCAGAAGUCUAUUGACGCUGAGCCGAAAAGCGGGCAGAGCCUGUAUUUGCUGGGCCGUUGUCUAGCAGCUGGUAAUAAGGUUCACGAAGCCUUCGUUGCUUAUAGGAAUUCUGUUGAGAAAACUGAAGGCAAUGCAGACACCUGGUGUAGUAUAGGUGUCCUUUAUCAGCAGCAAAAUCAACCAACGGAUGCUCUUCAAGCUUAUAUUUGUGCUGUGCAACUAGACAAGACUCAUUCUGCAGCCUGGACUAAUCUUGGGAUUUUGUAUGAAUCUGUUAAUCAACCAAAAGACGCGCUCGCUUGUUAUCUUAACGCUUCAAGGAGCAACAGUAAUUUAUCAAGUCCAACGACAGCAUUAGUUGGCUCAGGAGGUGUAAAGUCUGAUGGGAACGUAUCUAUGAAUCCAUCUUUACACCAGCGAAUAAAUUUUCUCCAGAGUCAUCUAAGUCAAGCUCCGAUGCCAUCUGUUGCAACAAAAAAACGCCCGUUUCCGUCAAUUGAAGAAGCAUGGAAUUUACCAAUAAGCGCCGAGAUGUCUAGUAGACAACAGCAGCAGCAGCCUGCAAACCAGGCAGGUUAUAAAUACAAUGCGACAACACCUUCAGGACCCCCGCCACCGUACCCUCAAGGUCAAGGACCACCUGUUACCACUAAAAGAUUUAAGGCUGGCGAGGAGCCGAUUUCGGCACCGCAGCCGCAGCCACAGCAACAACAGCCCCAGCAGCAGCGACCACCCUUCUACCUGACGACCCAGCAACUUCAAAUGCUCCAGUUUUUCCAACAAAACCAGGGAAAUUUGACCCAGCAGCAGCAAACUGUGCUGCAACAACUCCAAGUCCAAGAAGGACAACAGCAAGCUCAGCCAGGUGUAAUAAAAACCUACGGGAUGUCACAACAGCCCCAGGGAGGCACAGUAGCACUGCAAACAGGAUUUUCCGACUCUAAUGUCGCUUACAAUACCGCAGCAACUGGGAACGCGCAGCAGAGUCCAGGCAUGCCUUACAAGUCCGCAGCUGACUCGAGCUACACCCAGCGAGCUGGCCAGUACAACCACUACCAAGCCAACCAAUACGGUACCCAGGGUUACACCCAGAUAACAUCAACCACCGGGAACUACCCGGAGAGCAGCGUAGGUUCCAAGGACAUAAACGUGACGGACCAAGAGCUGCACGCUUUGCUGUCGCAGAAGGACCUCGCGACGACUCUCGCCGAAGAUCUUCUCAAGCAUUUCGGGUCCGAGGAUCUCGACGAGAAAGAAGACCCGAUCCCGAUAAUGAACAACGGGACCCUGAGCUCGGGUCCGUUCUCGCCCUCUAACCUCGACAGCGAACGGAUAAAGGAAGUUAAAGUAGAAAGAGUCGACCCGGACUGUGAAAUAAACUCGCUCGCCGACAGUGUAAAUAAUAGUAAUAUUAAUAUUAGCAAUAGAAUUGACUCAAUACGUAGCAACAGUAGCAAUAGCACCAGCGAGCCGGUGUUGAAACUAGAAAGUCUCCGAGAGUCACCGGUAGAUCCCGAGUUCUCAAUCGACAUGGACGCCAAGAGUAUUAUCGAAGCCUGCAAAGGCCAGGGUUUGAAAGGCGUGCCAAAUUGCUCAAUACUUUCAGACCGUUCGCCUCCACCAGCGCCUCCAGAGCCUCCAGCCCAGAGACUGACCCGCGAGCAGCUUCUGCCGCCGACGCCCAGCGUGUAUUUAGAGAAUAAAAAGGAUGCAUUUAGUCCGCAGUUGCAGGAGUUUUGUCUGAAGCAUCCGAUAGCUGUGAUUCGCGGGCUUGCGGCUGCGCUCAAGCUCGACCUGGGUCUCUUCUCGACCAAGACUCUGGUCGAGGCGAACCCUGACCACGGGAUAGAAGUGAGGACCCAGAUGCAACAGACCAGCGACGAAAACUGGGACCCGGUCAUGUCCAGGAAGGUCUGGGGCUGCAUCAGCCACCGUAGUCACACGACUAUUGCCAAGUACGCCCAGUACCAGGCUUCCAGCUUCCAGGAGAGCCUCAAGGAGGAGCGAGAGAAGUCCCAGGGCAUUCACACGGCUAAUCUGUCAGAUUCUGACUCCAAGGACAGCACUGGGGUCGUCAAGAGGAAGAAGAACGCCUACGGCUUGGCUGGACGCCCAGGGUCCAAGAUGCUCAGGUUCGGCACCAAUGUCGAUUUGUCUGAUGAGAGAAAGUGGAAGACCCAGCUCCAGGAACUGAUGAAGCUCCCCGCGUUUGCCAGGGUUGUUUCUGCUGGAAACAUGCUCAGUCAUGUCGGGCAUGUUAUCCUGGGCAUGAACACUGUCCAGCUGUACAUGAAGGUCCCGGGGAGCAGGACACCCGGCCAUCAGGAGAACAACAACUUCUGCUCGAUUAAUAUCAACAUCGGGCCGGGUGACUGCGAGUGGUUCGCUGUUCCAGAUGCUUACUGGGGUGUUAUUCACAACUUGUGCGAAAGGAAUAACAUCAAUUAUCUUCACGGCAGCUGGUGGCCUUCUCUGGAGGACUUGUACGAUGAGAACAUCCCGGUUUACAGAUUCUUGCAGCGACCUGGAGAUCUCGUCUGGGUCAAUGCUGGAUGUGUUCACUGGGUACAAGCUGUUGGCUGGUGUAAUAAUAUUGCUUGGAACGUGGGACCAUUGACGGCCAGGCAGUACCAAUUGGCCAUUGAACGCUACGAGUGGAACAAACUACAGUCAUUCAAGUCCAUUGUUCCUAUGGUUCAUUUGUCUUGGAACUUGGCCAGGAACAUCAAGGUUUCUGAUCCCAGGCUCUUUGAACUUAUUAAGAACUGCUUGCUCAGGACUAUGAAGCAGUGCUGUAUUAUUUUGGAGUUUGUCAAGAGUAAGGGUGUUGAAGUUAGAUUCCAUGGCAGAGGGAAGAAUGAAGCGUCUCAUUACUGCGGACAAUGUGAAAUUGAAGUUUUCAACAUUUUAUUCAUUCGAGAACAAGAAAAACGUCACGUGGUCCACUGCAUGGACUGUGCCCGAAAACAAGCCCCGUCUCUCGAAGGCUUUGUGUGCCUUGAAGAGUACAGAAUGCGUGAUUUAAUGGAUGUUUACAACGGAUUUACACUUCACACGACCUCAAUUUCCUCAGCGAUUUCUGCGCCGCAGUCCAGCCAGACUUCUUGA